ACAAAUAGAGACAUUUUUUUAGAGAGAUGCAAGGUAAGCAAAGCCAGCUGAGUGGCUGCAAACGGUGUACAUAGCGGAUCUAAGAGGAGCGAAGUUGGAGAGUGAGCUGCUGGGAGGAACAGGUGGAAUAUUGGCAUCAGCAACUUCAACAGUUCAACAGAUUUACUUCCAAAAGGUAGGCUCUGCCGCUCAUUUUACAUCGCUCUCAUGCUAUUUACUGACACUGAGAUUCAACUUACCUGUCAUGUAAGUUAUAGAUAUGAGCCUUUGUUUUUAUUGCAUAACAAAAUAUGAACAAUAAGUGAAAGAACACAGGAUCAAUAUUGCACAGAAUCCUUUCAUUUGGAUAUUUUGGGUUCACAAAAUGUGCUUUACUUAGUCUACUUUAUCUAUAUCUUACUUACAUGUAAAUGUGCCAGAUUUAGUCAAAAGGCAUGUUUUCAUCUGCAGCCCCUUUCCCCCUUUUUGCAGAGUAUCUUUUCCAACACGGGAAUCUCAGUUGCUCUUCAGCAACAUGUUUUACUUUUACUUUUAUUCAAAGAUUAUAUAACCUGUGUUAUUAGUUGCUUUAUAAAAAGCAGUCCAUUACUGUACUUGUGGUUGCACGUAAUGGUUUAUUACUUGUACUCUUAGUACUUCUCUAACUCUCCAACAUUGUAUCGACAAAAUUAAUGUUAAUUUUGUCAGGAGUUUGCAUGUAUGUAAAGCAGUUAAAAGCAAUAUUAUCAUUAGAAUCAAAAUAGGCCUCAUACAGCUUUCAUAACAUUUACACUUUUCUAUUCCAUAAGACAGACUUAGACAUACACACAGUUGUCAGUUUCAACUUUUGAAUCAAAUAACAAUGAAUUCAUAUUCAUAAACAACUCUGUAUGGCUAUUUGUUAAAGUAAAGAUAAGGAUGUGACUAGUGUGCCAUUGUGUGACUCUUUUAUGUACUGUAGCAGUACAUUAAAGUCUAUAGUAGACCGGGAGUCUCUAAGGGAUAGACUCUAGACACCCCUGCGACUCUGCACAGCUAAGCAAGUUUAGAUGGAUGGAAGAAUGGUUGGAGAGCCAUCUAAGCUAACCUGGUGAUCUCUGACCUCCUAUUUUACCUUAUGUCCUUCACUUAAACAUCCUUCCUCUGACCACAGGACCGUGUGUGUGCCCAGACGCUCGAAUGCAUUUAUCAUUGGAUACCAUGAGCAUGGUGGACGACAGCUGCCUCUCACCCAGCAACUUCCACGAGAUGGGGAAAGGUGGGGGCGUCGCUGCGGGGGGCCGCGUCCACAGCAUUGAUGUCAUUCUAGGCUUCAGUAAAGACCAGGACUCCCUGCUCAGCCCUGCUGGGGCCCCGGGACCCCAUAAAGUGGACAUAGAUGGCCUAGUGGAGCCGGGAAAGCAGCAGGAGCCCUCGUCACACCCGUCCUACAGCGGGCACCUUUCCUCUCUUAGAAACGGCAGCACAGAGCAGCAGUACCAUGAUACUGGCUUAUUCACAAACAAGUGUGAGGAGGAACUGAGUGAACCGAGGAAGGGUGUAGAAAGUGAUGAAGACAAGUCUCCAGAGCCGUGCAAGGAUGAUCAGCCCAAGAAGAAACACAGGCGCAACCGCACCACUUUCACCACCUACCAGCUGCACGAGCUGGAGCGUGCCUUUGAGAAGUCCCACUACCCAGAUGUGUACAGCCGUGAGGAGCUGGCCAUGAAGGUGAACCUCCCUGAAGUCCGAGUUCAGGUCUGGUUUCAGAACCGAAGAGCUAAAUGGCGGCGACAGGAGAAAAUGGAUGCCAGCACCAUGAAGCUCCACGACUCACCAAUGCUGUCCUUCAACCGCCCAGCACCAGUUCACACCAGCAUGGGUCCAAUGACCAACUCCCUCCCGUUGGAUCCCUGGCUGACCUCUCCUCUGUCCAGCGCUACACCGGUCCACAGCAUCCCAGGAUUCAUGGGCCCAGCUCAAGGCCUCCAGCCCAGCUACCCCAGCCACAGCUUCCUCAACUCCACUCCUCAUCCUCCUCAUCCUCAUCCUCAUCCUCAUCCUCAUUCUCAUCCACAUCCGUCCAUGGGCCAGGGGAUGCAGAGUAUGGCUCCUCCCCCUUACCAAUGUGCAGCGCCGUACCCUGACAAAUACCCUCUGGAGGACGUGGACCAGCGCAGUUCUAGUAUCGCUGCACUGAGAAUGAAAGCCAAGGAACACAUCCAGUCUAUGGACAAGACCUGGCAACCCAUGUGACUAACAAACAUGGCAGUCCAUGUGAAUGACACUGGGAAAUGUGGGAGAUGUUGAAGUCAUUCCUUGGGUUCACAUUGUUGAGCAGGGUGUUAGAUUCUGUUAUCCACAGAAUCAAGCAAUGGAAAUGGAUUUUGAACUGUGAAAACCGAGGAUUUUUGGACUUUCUUUUGGACAUUUUUUAAAUUUUUUCUCAUCUCAAGGACAUGAAGCGGACAAGUGAAGUCUGCAGUGUUGUUAAAUUGUUCAUUUUAAACCACCAAUCUCCCUCCAUUUGCAUCCUGAUGGCUGCUGAACACAAAUCUCUACCCCUUUUCUAUCCCCAGCCACAUGUUUCCCUUUAGUUAAAUGCAUUGAUCUAUCCAUAUUCAGCAGUAUAUUCAUGAACAGUCCAUCUACUGAUAUUGGCAGAUGCUAAACAGACAUACUUUCGCCACAUACAUAAGUAAUGGCACAGUACCUUUUUCUAUGCCAUGUCAUUGGACAACUUUUCAUGAACAUACACUGAAGCUAACAUGAAAUUCACCUAAAUGAGGCAUUUUUGUUUGUAUUAUUAUUAUUUCCAUAUUUGUUUUUACAUUUUUUUGAGUCAACCAUCAAAGUUGAUUGAAUCAGCCAAAACUUUUUACAUUCUUCUGUUCAUUCUUUACUUUUCCCAUUUUCUUCAUUCAGUUUGUGUUUUUACUAAUUAAUCCAAUUGUCAAAUUUUCAUGGGUCAGCUAAUGAGAGUCUCAGAGUACUUUGUGAAUGAACGUCUCAGUUUAAUGUGUGAGCAGCUUUUAAAAUAUAGACAUGAAGACACAUCACAGUGCCUCUGGCUGUGACUGUAAAUGCACGUCUCACUAAUCUGUCGAUUUAUAACAGCUGUGUGAUUUUCAGUUAAUCUCACACUUGAAAGUAUGGUUUAUGUUGCAGUACCCAUAGGCUGCCCAUUUUUCCGACAGCCGAGGCCUUUUGUCAUUGUUUUAAAUCUAAAACACGCUCAAAAACAGAUAAUAGUUUAGUGGGAAAGUGCACUAGAGUCAGAGUUAUGAUGGCACUUUCUACGUGGACCAGAGCUAAGAAUAUACCAAAAAUAAUUAUGCAUAGUUACUAUUUUCUGAUUUGUGCUGAGAUGCUUUAAUGAAGGAAGGAAGUAAAAAGGAAGCGAGGAAGACAGGCCAGUGAGCAAAAUAACCCUCUUUUUGCUUGAGUGGCUGUUGGAGGAGAAAACCUGUUGGCAGCUCGGUGUUGGGUGGCUGCGUGUACGUGCAGGGCAGCAGAAAGAGCCCUGUGUGAUGCGUCACCCCACAUAGUUUAGUCUUUGUUCGGCACAAUUGAUCCAAGUGUAUCCUCUUUGUCUGAAACUGAAGGGGGGGAAACGGUCUCAGGCUGCACUAAAUAGGCCCUUGUAACCAUUUUGUCAUGGAAGGUUUUUUUUUCUCUCUCAAUCAAAGGAGGAGAAACAUUGAUUGUAGCUGCUACGGUCAUUAGUGACACAAUAUUGGUCUUUUACCAUCUGUUACACAGUUAAGCUCUGAUUGUCUUAAAGGUAAAAACACAAUGUAUUUCCACCAGGAAGAUUAGUAUUUGCUAUUGAGGCUUUUAUCGUAACAGCAGCUACAGGUAUCAUCUCACAUAACUGAAUAUGUGCAGGCUGAGAAGUUAGACGGUACCUUUUGGACUUUGGUUAUGGGACAAGAGGGAGAGAAAAUCCAUAAUUUUAAAGUGCAAUUUUUUUAUUUGUAUUUUUUUCUUAAAGGAGACUCAUUUUUCAUUGUAUGGUUAAUGUCCAUUGUAUGGUUAUGAUAUUUCACUUUAAUAUGAUGUGAAAGUUGGCACUUAGCUGCUAACAGUGAGUUAAAACAACAAUUACAACAUCAGUAAGAAGAACAACAGUAUUAAGUCAUUUCUGGUUCAUUGUAAAAUCCGGUGUCGUACUGUUCAGAGAGUAAAAAACACAGUGUUACAUCUGCUGCUGGUCUGUCCUCAUGUUGUAUAGUGUUUUUAUGUUGUUGCUUAGUGAUGUUUAGACUCCCUAUUGGACAAUGCCAGGACCUCACACUAUAGACAAAAUGAGGAUUACCUUGCACAUUAAGAGCUUCUUUAAGAUGCUACAUAAAUGUGAUUUUGGACCAAGAAUAAGCCAAAGGUUAUGGACAAAACUGCACUAGAUGUUUGACAGUUUUAGUUUGUUUUUUUUAUCAUGUGAAAAUGCACAGGAUACUUUUCCUGUUUGGCUGUUUUGUUUCUUAAAUGUCCUAGUUAUAUCUGUCCUAGUGAUAUUGUUUUCUUUCUUCUAUGAUUUUGU